AUGAUGGCGCCUUCUAAGACCAAAGCAAUCAAUGCCAGAGCAGAGAACGUUCCAUAUUUCACACCUGCUCAAAAUCCUCCAUCCGGAACAGCAGUAAGCCCUUCAUUGAAGGCUCAAAUCAUCCCAAAACUUUUUCAACCAUUGACCAUUAGAGGCGUAACUUUCCAAAAUAGAAUAUGGGUUUCGCCGUUAUGUCAAUACUCGGCUGAAAAUGGGAAAGUAACACCAUGGCACAUGUCCCAAAUCGGUGGCUGGGUCACGCGUGGUCCUGGUCUUACUAUGGUAGAAGGAACUGCUGUUUCAAAAAACGGGCGGAUCGAUCCUAAUGGAGUAGGCCUUUGGAAUGAGGAGCAGCUUGAAGCUUUGAAAGCGAUUGUAGAAUUCACACAUUCCCAGGCACGUAAAGGUCCUCAGUUUCCAACUCUGCUUGAACGUAGCCAACACAUCGGUAUUCAGCUCAUGCAUGCAGGCCGAAAAGCUUCCACGGUUGCACCAUGGCUGGGAAAUGGGAAUGCAACCGAAGAGACAGGUGGUUGGCCUGAUGAUAUUAUCGGACCAAGUCCAGUGCCCUACAGUGAAGGCUCUUUCAUGCCUAAAGAAAUGACGCUCUCCGAUAUUGCAGAUUUCAGAAAGUCUUGGGUAAGCUCUGUUGAGCGUGCCUUACGAGCCGGGUUUGAUGUCAUUGAGAUCCAUGCGGCUCAUGGAUUUCUCUUUCAUCAAUUUCUAAGCCCUGUCAGUAAUAAGAGAACAGACGAGUAUGGUGGUAGUUUUGAAAAUCGCAUCCGUUUGCUUCUUGAAGUAAUUCAGGAUACUCGGCUUACGAUACCCGAGACAAUGCCUUUGUUCUUACGAAUAAGUGCAACAGAUUGGUUAGAGGAGACUGGAAUUGAUGGUUGGACUCUUGAAGAUAGCGCGCAAUUAGCAGUAAAAGCUGCAAGCUUCGGCGUAGAUUUUAUUGAUGUAUCUUCUGGUGGCUCCCAUCCAGGACAGAUCAUCAAAGUCGGCCCCGGGUACCAAGCUGGCUUUUCAAAAUACAUUAAGAGUGCUGUUAAGGACAAAGCCUUUGUCGGUGCUGUUGGUAGCAUCACAAACGGCGUGCAAGCUAAUGGACUUCUUGAAGAGGGCCUCGACGCCAUCUUCAGUGGAAGAAUGUUUCAGAAAAAUCCUGGUCUGGUUUGGUCGUGGGCGGAUGACUUGGGGAUUAUUGUACAUGCUGCAAGACAAAUACAAUGGGGUUUCAAAGAAAUUCCCAACCCACUCAUAGCCUAAAAUUUCUAGCGAAUAGUGCAUGACUUUCGCGUUUGUACCUAUUCAUCUCCUUAGAUCAUGUUAUGAAGCACCAAUAUGGGAUGAGAAGAGAAUGAAAAUAAGGGCCGAGAGGAAGAUGAUAUCAUUCUCGUAGAGUGCAAAGUAUAUAGACGGUAUGGGUACAAAUAGACAACUUCCACAAGCAAAUAUAAAUUAUCGAUGCUUUGCCUUUCUCCUCCAAACUUGCAUGCAAAAGUUAACAUAACGGGCACAGCUUCGAGAAAAUUUCCGAUGUAGAUACACUGCCUGUUAAUCGCCAUUCACCACUUUCCUGGCCUUGAAGAUCAAGACAGUAUAUCGUGAGCGUGGGAGGCCUAGCAUGGCAGCAACACUUGUUACAGCAUCAUCAAGA